CUACUUGCAUUUGUCUGUCAACAGGUUUGAAAGCAACAGCGAAACUUUCAAAUCUUUUCUUUCUUUGCGCGUUUUAACCAAUAUAAAUACAUAAGAACAAGUACAUCGUGUCCAAUGAGUUGUUUACGAGUUGUAAAAGCUUUUCCUCACGCUGUCUGUUUUAUCGGGGGAGUGUGAAGAGUCAGUGACGCUGUUGUAAAAGUCAGGUAAAAAUGAAAGGGGAAGUGAAACUUUAAGCAGCUGGUUGCCGUUUAGCACGAAGAGCGAAGACACGACAGAAAGUAAACUCCAAAGUUGACUAACUAAAGGUAACUGACUUCAACUCCAGACCUGCACAACAUGACGUCAACAGGUUAUCGGUUCUUCAUCGUAACAAAAAGGCUUGAACGCCCGAAACAUAUCAGGCCUGGAUGCAUUUGUUAUAUCCGAGAACAUCGUUAUAAAUCAGAAUCAUCAAAACCUGGUGCUGCCAUCACAAAGUUGCCAGUCAUUCCCAUGUUCUCACAAACAUCUUUAGAUUAUAAAAUAGACCUGAGUUGCAUGGAGGAGCUGAGUGGGGAGGAAGCCGAGCUGCUGAUGGCCCUGCCUGAUGACACCGACAGGCUGAAAUGGUUCAGAGACAAAGAUGCUCUCCACACAUAUCUGGGUCUCAGCGAGGGAACUGCAGUCACUGUGGAUGAAGAUGGAAAGAAGAUGAGAGGCAUCAUUCGUUAUAUCGGACCGUUGACAGGGACGACAGGGUCCUACGACCCCAUCAAAGGGAAGUUCUUUGGAAUUGAACUACAGGGAGCAGACAGGGGAAAGGGGGACACUGAUGGGACCUAUAAAUAUGAAAAAUAUUUCCGUUGUGAGAAAAAAUGUGGCAUUUUUGCUCCAUUUUCCAAAAUCAGUCCUGUGGUCCCCAGCUCCCUGUCACCCCCCAUCUCUGAGCCCUCCCCUCAGGCACAAACAGAGAAGCUGUCUCCAGGAGACAGAGUCACCUACUUCAUCCAUGAGAAGUGUCGCCAUGGAAUGGUGGUGGAUGUGCUGGAAGAAGAUGGAGUACUUCUUGUCCGCAUCUCCACAGACACAGAUGAGACCGGGAAGCUAGGGGGCGAAGUUAAAGUUCCACUAGACUUGGUUGCCAAAGGAGAGGUGCCUUCAGGACCUGAGAGCAUGGACGUUGACCCACCCCCACCGAAAGGACUCGCUGAUGAGCUGUCCAUGGGUCUACACUCCAUGGUAGAGGUGACGCUGGGUAAAGGAAAUUCAUAUGGAAUUAUCCGCUGGAUUGGACAUGUGCCUGAUCGAGAAGAAACAACAGUUGGACUAGAGCUGGAGGACGACUCUGGAGUGAGUGAUGGCAGCUUCAAAGGUCAGCGCUUUUUCUUCUGUCCUCCCCGGAGAGCGCUGUUUGUGAAGAUAAGCUCCUGCCGUCCCGACUCGCGCUUUCACGGCAGAUCCAAUCACAACGAGAGGCUGCCAGGGCUGGACAAUACAGAUAAAGAUGCAGGGUGCAGCACAGAGACGCUGGAGACGGUUCCUCCAGUCAGCACAGAGGAUGUUAAGCAGCUUCUGAUUGGACAGAUGAAGGGGAUCCAAGGGCACUGUAACUCCUGCUACAUGGAUGCUACCCUGUUUGGCUUGUUUUCCUGCUCCUCUGUGUUGGAUUCCAUGUUGUUCAAAUCAACCACCCCUCAAGAUUCCCCAAUCCAGAAAACGCUGCUCCGGGACAUCGUCAACCCCCUCCGCCGUUGGGGUUUUGUGGAGGGACGUCACAUCAUGAAUCUCCGGCAGCAGCUGCAGAAACAUGGCUACAGUCACUCCUUCACCACAGAUGAGAAGGAUCCAGAGGAGUUCCUCAUCGUCAUCAUGCAUCACAUUCUCGUGCUGGAACCCUUGUUAAAACUAUCAGCUGCAGGUAAAGUGCAGGAGAGCUACUGCUAUCAGAUAUUCCUGGAUCAGAACCACAGCCUGGUUCUGCCGACAGUCCAGCAGCUACUGGAGCAUUCGUUCCACACGGCAGGACUCAAGCUGGCUGAGGUCCCGUCCUGUCUCAUCCUCCAGAUGCCUCGAUUUGGGAAGAAAUUCAAGAUGUUUGACAAAAUAUUUCCCUCUCUGGAGCUGGACAUCACUGACCUCCUCUCAGAGGGUCCUCAGCAGUGCAUGCUGUGUGGAAACUUGGCAACAGAUGAGUGCACAGAUUGCUUUAAAGAUCCCGUUUUCAGCUCAACGGGAUUCAAGGUCUUCUGCAAGACUUGUUCUGCUCAGGUGCACACCCAUCCUCAGCGUCGGUCCCAUCAGCCCGUUCCCCUGGACAUCCCUAAGGGUUACCUGGGUCGUGGCAUCCCUCACGCCAUGACCAGAGACCGACUGGAGCUGUUCGCUGUGCUCUGCAUCGAGACGAGCCACUACGUUUCCUUCGUCAAAUACGGACCAAACAACCAGGACUGGAUCUUCUUUGACAGCAUGGCCGACAGAGAAGGAGAAAGUGAUGGCUUCAACAUCCCGGAGGUGCGUGCCUGCCCCGAGGUCGGCACCUACCUGGAGAUGUCCCCCGCUGAGCUGGUGAGCCAGGUGCCGCGGGACAUGAAAGGUGUGGCCAAGCGUCUGUUCUGCGACGCCUACAUGUACCUGUACCAGAGCACCAGCAUGUCUCUCUAUCGCUGAUGGGACUCCUCGCUGUGGAAGCUUGCAAAACAAGAUUUUUUAAAAAAUCUUUAUACUGAUUUUCAUUCCUCUGCUGGCUUAGUUUGUUGUCUUUAUAUUGCUGUAUGGAAAUACGCACAAGCAUUUAAAGAUAGUUUAUAUACACAGAUAUAUAAGCCCUGGUGCAGGGAAAUGGGUUAUCGGGCUUUAAUAAUUUAUAGAAAAAUAGUUGAACUUUUGUUUUAUUGUUUGAAGGAAAGAACAAACUGACAUGGCUUCAUCUCUGAAUUUGCACUAAAGUUUGCAGCAAACUGCAAAUAAACUGUUCCUCUAAAAUAUUCUGUUCCCUACUUAUAUUCAGGGCUCGUUUGGUGAGCUUAAAAUGAUAUUCACUGACAAGAAUUCACCAAAACAGACAUAAAAAUAAUUCUUUAGCUUGCUAUUAUUGCCAAAGUAUAAGACUAUGGUGAAUGUUGUUAAUUUAGUUCAUAAGAUAAACAUUGAAGCCAAAUGUUUUCUAAAGGUUGUGAUAAAUGGACUUCUUUUUAUCUCAGUAAAAUGUCUUCAGUUUUUUUUAUUUUAAUCUGAAAUGAAAUUGCUCUUCUUUAUUUUCCUGUGAUAAGAUGUUUGAUUUAUCUCUUGGUACAUGGCAAAGCUGGAAAAAAACAGCUCUUAAAUGGCUGCUUAAGGUUUAUACUGAACUUUUGAUAAAGAAUACAAAAAAUAAAAUAAUUAAACAAAAUA